AGGAAGGACAGAGCAUCUGAAAACACGAAACAAGACAAGAUCAGUUCUUUCAUCCCUCAGAGUCGCUCAGACUGUCCUCACACAAUGAUGCCGUGUGAGCAGGUCACUUACAGUUACGAGAAACGGAUGUCUCUUCAGAACUUUGACUGUUCAGGAUGCUUCUAAAGAAGAGAAGUGAACUUGGAGACUUGUAUCUACUCUCCUCAUUCAUUGGUGCGUGGCAACCCCUCGAGGCUGGAAGAUGAUCAGGAAUCCAAUUAUACAGGAUAAGGAUAAGAUGCCCACCGUAUCAGCCAUCCUGCGACACAUAAGGUGUAGAAAGAGAGAGCGAGAGCGAGGAUGGCAGCAUGCGUCUGUAUUUCCCCAGAAGACAAACAAGACGUCUCCGACCACUGAAACAGGUGAAUUGCAUCGGAAAAGGUGAUGACUGAGUCUGGACAGUGACUCUGACACAUCUACAGUGUUUCUGUGUGACAAGCUCUCCUCAAGACUUGAGACUGGAGGUCAGACAGCGUGUACCCUGGCAGUCUCCCCCAGGGUCCUUCCAACAAGGUGGGAAGGGGGGUCAGCCGAAGCGAUCACAUGGAGGGCAGGCCUCUCUCGCCCCUCUUGCUGGCCGUACUGUUUCUGGCAACAGGUGCGAGCGAUGAUGACCGCUCACUGCACACGCAUCAGGUCAGUACGGCUCAGUGUGGAGAAUACAGCAAUCAGGUCCUGGAGGACGGCAUGUGUCGACUCAUGGCCACGUUACCCCAGCUGGACGACCAGCGCUGCCCAGACAUGUUCCGCUGUACGGAUGAAGUUUCAUACUGGCUUCAUGAGAACGAGGAACGCAAACAACAGAUUCUGGCCCUGCGGGAGACAGUGUCCGAACUUCAGGAGGAGCUUCGCAACCAUCGUCAUCGAGUCAAAGUCUUAGAACUCCAGAGUGAAGAGAAGAACCGUAAUAAUUCAUCUAUUGAGCAGCGCUUGCAUGAGCUGGAAGAUCAUUACGCCGAGGCCACGACCUUGUUGCACAUCCAGGGCUCAUUGAUCUAUGACCUCCAGGCACAGAUUCAGAACCUUUCCCUGCUGGUGGAAAAAGUCAGACGUAACCCGGGCUGCAUGAUCAACAUAGUCCGCACCAGCCCAAUGCUCAGUGCACAGGAAGCCCUGCAUCCUGAGGUGCAGCAUGUCAGGAACUGCCCCAUCGACUGUGCCUCCAUCUACUAUAACGGAGUGCGUCGCUCUGGGAUCUACAGUGUGGUACCCUCACUAGGGGCCAUGCCAGUGGAAGUCUACUGUGAUAUGGACACAGACGGUGGUGGCUGGACUGUGAUCCAGCGUAGGCAAGAUGGCUCAGUGAACUUUGACCGCAGCUGGAAGGAGUAUAAAGAGGGAUUUGGAGACCUGCACACCGAAUACUGGCUGGGAAAUGAACACAUCCAUGACCUGAGCAGUCAGGGAGACUACAUGCUCCGUAUUGACCUGGAGGACUGGAGCGGGAAACACAAACACGCUGUUUAUCAGAGUUUCAGUGUGGAGGACGAGAGCACUCAGUACCGUCUGCAUGUGUCGGGCUUUAGCGGGACAGUGGAGGACUCCUUCAGCUGGUAUCAUGACAAGCAGAGCUUCAGCACACCUGACACGGGCAACAUCUGUGCCGAGAUCUCACACGCUGGGUGGUGGUACAACCAGUGUUUCUAUGCAAACCUCAACGGCAUCUACUACAAGGGCGGCCGCUACUCGCUGAAGGGGAAGAACCCACUUGGUCCGGACGGUAUCGUGUGGUACACAUGGAAAGAUUCGGAUUAUUACUCUCUGAGGAAGGUCAGCAUGAUGAUCCGACCCAGAAUCUUCAGACAGCAUCUGUCACCCUGAAUCAGGCUCGACCAAUGAGCUCGGGUCCAUACGUCAACCAGCCAAUCACAGUUCUCAGAGCCACUGCGAAGCAGGAUGGAUGGAUCCUUCCAUAGUGAAACAGAGGAAAAUCUGUGUAUGGGCUGAAUGUCUUGUCCAGACAGUGAAACCAUUUAAGGUUUAUACCAAAGACUAGAGAAGGACAGCUCUUGAGACAGCCAGUGUUUGCCAUUCAGCGAGUCUAAUGUGUGUUACAUGCCUAUAUUUUCUGUACCCAUGGUUUUAAGAUGAAAACUUAUUUUAUAAAUGUGUAUUAAAAGUAGAUUUAGUUUCUGUAGCCCCCCCAAAACCCUAAAUAGCAACAAACACCACUAUUUUCCUGAUCAAGAGGAUCAUUGCAUGAGUACAUUAGUGAUUCCUUAUUGCAUUUAAUCAAAUAUACACAAUUGUUC